AUGGCUCAACCUGCAAACAACCGAAGCAUUUUCCUCGGAUCUACUGGAAACCUCUUCCCACAACAAGUCGCAGCAGACAUAUACCUUCAGUCUGCUUUUGCACAGGCAGUGCCAAUGUGGAGAGUUGCAACCGUAUGUCUCAGUUGGGGCAUGUCCGUUGUAACUACACAGCGGUCUCUGGAUCAAGGCAACACUUGGGGGUUCAUUUUCGUGCCGUGGCGUCCAAGAAUACAUGUACACGACCAAGGUAUACGCCCUGUCCAGGUAUUCAUACCACACCCAAUUGCCGGAGCACUGGCACAUCAAGGACUGCCACCAAUGGGACUAUAUAAUAUCAACGGCCAACUCAUCAUAGGGUGGCAUAGUCCAUGGCACCAUCAAGUUGAAGUGACGAGCUUGUUGCCUCUGCCCCCCCAUGAACUUCAUUAUCAUACCCAUGAACGCCGACGUGGCCAUGAGCAUCUGGUGGCACCUGCUAUCAUGAAUGGCCCAGGUGCAAAGCACCACAUCUUCCGCCGUUUGCACUAUUCAUCCCAAGUGCAAAAUUUUCGUCGUGGAAUCGACAUAAUCCAGUACUAG